CGAGGUCUAAUAAUAAAAUAUGUUAGAAGCUAGAAUGUCAGAAGCAGGUACCUUGAAAAAGGUACUCGAUGCUGUUAGAGAUUUAAUCUCAGACGCUAAUUGGGAGUGUAACGAAGAUGGUAUUUCGCUCCAAGCUAUGGAUAACUCACACGUAGCAUUGGUCACUGUACACCUCUCACAAGAUGCAUUUGAACCAUACAGAUGCGACCGUAACAUGCCACUUGGUAUCAACCUUGGUAGCUUAACCAAAGUUAUUAAAUGUGCAAAGGACAAUGAUCUUGUCACUCUCAAGGCUGAUGACUCUGGUGAAAGUCUAGGAUUGACAUUUGAAAGCUCAAACACUGAUAGAAUCGGUGAAUAUUCUAUUAAGUUACUUGAUAUUGAUCAGGAGCAUCUUGGUAUUCCAGUAACACAAUAUGACAGUGUCAUUUCUAUGCCUUCUUCUGAAUUCCAGCGCAUUUGCCGCGAUCUAUCACAAUUAGGUGAAUCCAUCCGUAUUGACGCUUCAAAAGAAGGUAUUAGAUUCUCAGUUGAAGGCGACGUUGGUAAAGCAUCCGUUUUGCUUAAGCAAUCUUCUGGUGCUAGUAUUGAAAGAGAAGAAGAGAGUGAAGAAGAGGAAGAAGAAGAGGAAGAUGAAGAUGAAGAUGUUAAGCCAAACGUUGAUGAAGAUGAGGAGGGAGACGUCAAACCAAAGGAUAAGAAGAGAAAAUCAUCAAAGGGUGGUAACAAGACGAAGAAAGUCAAGAAAGCUAAAAAGGACGUUGUAGAGGAUGGUGUUAGUAUCUCACUCCAACAACAAGUCAGCCUUACCUUCUCACUUAAAUACCUUAACAACUUCACAAGAUCGACACCACUCUCUAACAGAGUUACACUCUCACUAUCGAAGGACAUACCAUUGCUCUUAGAGUAUGAGUUCGCUGCUGGUCAUAUUAAAUACUUCUUAGCACCAAAGAUCGGCGAUGAAGACGCUGAGUAAGAUGCAUUUCUAUCUUUAUUGUUAAAUACCACGAGAAAAUUAAUAUUAUUUGUAUAUUCUCCUUCAUUCUCGCUCU